UUUGAUAUUUACCACUUGAUGAGCUAUGGGCAUUCAAGGCCUGCUGCCAUUUUUGAAAAAGAUCCACAAACCAGUGAACAUUGCAGAGUUUGAGGGCUGCACUGUGGCUAUAGAUGCCUACUGCUGGCUGCACAAAGGUGCAUUCUCGUGCGCAGAGAAGCUCGCACUUGGAGAGAAAACAGACCAAUAUGUUUACUACUGUAUGAAGUACAUCGACUACAUGUUGAAAAACAACAUCAAACCUAUCCUUGUGUUUGAUGGCUGUCACCUAAAGUCUAAAGCUGAUGUAGAAAAGUCUAGAAGAGAAAAAAGAGAGCUCCAUCGCAAAAAAGCUGCCCAGUUUCUGCGAGAAGGGAGGCGAGGGGAAGCUAAAGAAUGUCUGCAGAGAUGUGUUGACAUAACCCCACAGAUGGCCCUGGAACUUAUGAACGUGUGUCGAGACAGAGGGGUAGAUUGUAUUGUAGCACCUUAUGAAGCUGAUGCCCAACUUGCCUACCUGAACCUGAAGGGAAUCGCACAAAUCAUCAUCACGGAAGAUUCUGAUCUCCUGCUCUUUGGCUGUGAUAAGGUCGUAUUCAAGAUGGAUUUCUAUGGGAAUGGGACGCUGAUAGAGAAAGCCAGACUCAAUGAAGUUUUAUCCAUGCAAGGGGGAUGUUACACUUUUGAGAAGUUCCGUCACAUGUGCAUUUUGUCUGGCUGCGACUACCUGUCAUCACUACCUGGGAUUGGCUUGGCCAAGGCGUGUAAAGUCUUCAAGACAGCCAGACAGCCGGACAUAGCUCUGGUACUGAAGAAGUUACCCAGCUACCUGAAGAUGAACCUGACAGUUACACCUGAGUAUAUUCAAGGCUUUAUCAAAGCUGAGAACACUUUCCUGUACCAGCUUGUGUUUGACCCCAUCAGCAGAACACUUUGCCCUUUGAACCCUUACCCUCCUGAGAUCAAGGUCACGGAACUGGACUAUGCUGGAGAAUAUCUGCCUGAAGAAAAAGCCUAUCAAAUUGCACUUGGUAACAUUGACAUCCACAAUCAUCAGUGUAUUGCAUUUUUCGACCCUGACAGAUUUGAGCCAAAGCAUGCAGCCAAACCAAAAUAUAGAUACCAGCUAAGUAUCUGGGACAGGAAUUACAGAAUCAAGGGUGGGUCUCCAUGUAAACAGAUUCAAGACGUACCGAGGCCUUCCUUACAUGACAAGGAACAAACCGUCAAAGUUAAACUCCUGAAAAAAACUCCGGUCAAGCGGCACAGAGAAAUUUCUAUAGCGCCCGAUCAGAAAACAGAUGAAGAACUUGUUUCCUUAUAUAAAAAUGCUGAGGAAGAAACAACCCCUGACGCUAAAAGAGUCAAAAUUGCUUUGUUCAGUGAGAAGGACGAGUUGUCUCAGCAGGAGAAUCAAGAAAACACAACCUUGCCUGUGAAAACAAUGUCACCAACCAAAUCUUCAUCAGGUCAGAUGUUAGAGCAAAGGUCACGGCAUGGUGACCCAGAUCAGGACAUCGAGCCAGCUGUAGUAAACAAAACAAGAACACAGGAAGGUGCCAGUAGAAAAUCUGCUGCAAACAUUGGAGAUGACGCUUUCAGGACAAACAGUGCAGUGGUGACUGAUAUUAACCCUGCGCUGACCCCAACUAAAAAUAGAAAUGUUUUUGCUGUGUCGUCCAUCUGUGAGAAACAGCCCAAGUUUAAUCUCAACACCCCAGCAGUUGAAGUCAAGAGCAGAUUUUUCCAUAGCAAAAACUUGACUUCCAAAACCAGGAGCCCAGCCAAAAGAAAAUCAUCCCCUUCCCCUCGCAGCUCUCCAGCUAACAAGCAAGAUAAAAAAUCUGAAGCUCAUAACCCCAUCCGUGUUAUGUUUGAAAAAUCUAAAGCUGCCAAAACAGCCCACCACACUUCCGAUGAGGGUCCCAUCACGCAGCAAUCUACCGCAGCUAAAGACUCCUUCAAACAGUUAAAAGGAAACUCAACAACAGUUAUCAAACAAGAGCCGUGUGAAGAUGAACUAUCACCUCAGGUAACAUCCCCAGAAGUGUCCCAGAAUUCAGUUUUCCAGAAAUUUCAGUCCAGCUUUUUAAACAAAAAAAGUGACCAGAAAUCUUCUCCAACUUCUGUGUUCAGCUGGUCCAAGGCUAAGCUAACCAGAAACAAGGAUACUCAACUACUUUCAACUCAAAACUGUGAUGAUAAACAUAAAUCUCUACUCACUGCUGCAAAUAACGUCCAUUUACCAGCAGAUACAAAAAGUGUUUCAGAACUUCCUAAACCUAAAUCACUUUCUAGCUUCUUUAGUUCAUCCUCGUAUCAAGUCAAAAACAAACAAUUCUACUCAACCCAAAAUAUGGGUGUAAAAUCAGAAAUAGAACAUUGUAAUGACGAUGAAAGCAACACUGAUGAUGUUACAGAGUUAAAGUCUUAUUCAUAUGAUGCCUUUUUAAAAACUCUGGACAAAGAUGAUGAUGUUGAAGGUAGCAGUACCCAAAGUACUCAUACAAAAAAAGUAGACAGUCAGAGCAGCAAGAUGGACAGUAAUGAUAUAACCAGUGCCUUGAUGGAAGCAUCCCAGAGAAGUCCCCAGGAUGUUUUGAAUACAUCUUCCUCUUCUUUAGGCGAUGACAUGAGACUGGCUAGUGAGAAGAGCAACCUGCAGAGUUUUGAUUCUGGUUGUUUUAGCCAAGAGGUCAUUGACCUUAGUGAUAACGAGAUAGACUCAAGUAGUCAGAAUUUGACUUUAUCUGGUACUUCAAAGAAUUUAGGUAAACCAUCAUGUCGAGUGUCUGGGUUAUCCCGUGGCAAGAAGAAUAAACCUUCAACCAAACCAGCCAAAAGGUCAUCAGGUGUCACAGGACAAAGGUCAAUAAUGGAUCUGAUGAGCCAGUUUCAGUAUAAAAGAGUGGCUGCAAUAAAUAAUAGCCAAGAAUGAUGCUGGGGAAAGUCACAAGAAACUGUUACAGCCAUCAACUCAAGGCAUCAGAUCAUUGAACAAUCUCCUGACUACACAAUAACUAUUGUUAUAGCUUGUUGUUAUCAUAUUGUGCCACCAUAUUGUUGACCCAAUGUUACUGUACCAUAUUCAUUGUUUUUAUGUAUUUUAUGCAUUUGAAAUGUGUUCAAAAACUGGGCAUUAACUUGUUUAAGUCAAAUCUUUUAAAAUUUUACUUUUUAAUUAUUUUUUAUAAGAAAAUAUUUUUUUCUUAGCCCUCAUUUGUGGGACUGAUUGUUGAAAUAAAUAACCUCGCUUUGCAAUAAGCAAUGUAUUGAUGUCAAAAUGUU